AUGGAUAUCUCCCCCGAUGAAGCUUCAAGAGCGGCUGACGCUGCGAACAUCAUCUCGGAAUUUGUUGCUCACGAGCAAGUCUGCACUCUGUCAGAUCUGCAACGGGCCCUCUUCGGCUUUUCGGCGACCAAGAAGAAGCUGAAUGUCAAUACAACUCGACAUCCCAAGUACAAUAGCAUUACUGGCCAAGUUCAGAGACAACCAGAGGCUCGGGUCCUCCAGACCAUUGUCGAGCAAUUCUUCCACCUCGAGGUUGAAAAGGACUGCCUCACAACCGUCAGCAAGCACCCAACACAAAAACUGACUAUUUUGAUUGAGGAUGCCUCAACAAAUUGUGCACUAAAUGCUGUGUACACAAGAGAGGUGUUAGACCAGCAUGGAUACACAUCACCAUGUUCUAUUGUCGUCGCUCAAGACCCAACCAUGUGUCGGCGUACGGUUGCUGCGUUCGAGCAAGUCUACUCUGAUAAGAUGGAUGAUACUCCUGUGUUUGCCGGCUGGCCAACCUUCGUGCCCAGGGUGGCGGCUCAUAACUCUAGAGCUCAGAACCAAGCGGGCGGCCUCACUUCUUACUUGCGGUAUGACAUUGCUGAGUUUGACAAGAACCAAAAUGAUGGUCUUUGGAGUAUGGAACGACUGAUGUCUCUACUUGUUGGCGAAAUUCCACGAAUGAGAGACAAUGAGAAUGGAUACGGGCCACGAGGCAAAGGCUCCAUCGUCCAUGUUGAUAUUCCUCAAGACGUCGAGGAUGCAUGGAUUAUACUCGGAGACACACUUGGCCAGAAGAUGCGGUAG